AUGAGUGAGGCAACAACUUCAACCACAAAUGAGCCAACAACUACAACUAAGGCAACAACAACCCCAAUUGAGUCAACAACUUCCACCACAAAUGAACCCACAACCACAAUUGAGGCAACAACAACCACAACUGAGACAACAUCUUCAACCACAAAUGAGCCAACAACUACAUCUGAAGUAACAACAACCACAACUGAGCCAACAACAACCACAAUUGUGCCAACUACUUCAACCACAAAUGAACCAACGACUACAACAGAGGCAACAACAAUUGAACCAACAACAACCACAACUGAGGCAACCACAAAUGUACUAACAACAACCACAAUGGAGGCAACAACUUCAACCACAAAUGAACCAACAACUACAACUAAGGCAACAACAACCCCAAUUGAGGCAACAACUUCCACCACAAAUGAACCCACAACCACAAUUGAGGCAAAAACAACCACAACUGAGACAACAUCUUCAACAACAAAUGAACCAACAACUACAACUGAGGCAACAACAACCACAAUUGAGGCAACAACUUCAACCACAAAUGAGCCAACAACUACAUCUGAAGUAACAACAACCACAACUGAGCCAACAACAACCACAAUUGUGCCAACUACUUCAACCACAAAUGAACCAACGACUACAACAGAGGCAACAACAAUUGAACCAACAACAACCACAACUGAGGCAACCACAAAUGUACUAACAACAACCACAAUGGAGGCAACAACUUCAACCACAAAUGAACCAACAACUACAACUAAGGCAACAACAACC